AUGGAGGAUGACAGUCGCGAGCCCGCUGUAUACCAGCCAGCGUUUGAAGAUAACGCAUGCUCAGUUCCACUCAGUCUUGUUUUGGUCUAUUUCAUUUCACGAGGUAACUCGCUGGCUAAAUAUUUCUCGAUUUCUACAGGAACACUCAACAGAGUAGAAAUGGCAGAAUCCGACUGGGACUCAGUAACUUACUUGCGAAAGAAAACACCUAGAGCGGCAGAACUGAAAUCUAAACAGGUAUCUGAUUCCUUAAUAUUAUUAUUAUGAUAAUGCAAGAUUCAGCAGAAAAGUGAAAGAAUGGAAGAUUUUGAUAAAGUAAGCUAGCUUACAUUAGAAAAAGUUAUCACUGUGUUUAUCUGAGAACUUGCAUAGUCUUUCAUUUCAUAUACUUCGUUACAAUGAUGUUAAACCCAUAGCUUAGACAGUGAAAACUGGAUUGUAAACCGCUGGGACAAGCAUGCAACAACUCUCACCAAUCCAGAGUGUAGUGGGGUACUGUCCUAAAAUUGCCAUAUGAUUUUGGGUUACCCCACGGAUUUUUAUCUUGGAACUCCUGAUCUAGAACUUGCUGUCAUAUUUGAGUGAUUAAAUUAUAUGGGAUGUGUUAUACAAACAUAGAUUAAAUAAUUGUACAUGAAAAAAUCCAUAACCUGUUUACCAUGAAUUAAUUUCAAACACAUGUAAGAACUUUCAACUCUUAAUUAAUUUCCAUCUAAAAAAGAAAGUUGGGCUAAAAAAUCCCAAAGCAAUUACACUCAUGCCAGAUCCUCUAGGGAAAAAAUCGUUCUUGUAAUAAAUCUAAUCCUACCUGGCUCGUGAACGCAGCACAUCUGGAAAUUAUACGCAACUUGUAAAAGACGAUUUCUCAAUAAUUAACAGAUAUAAUCAUAUACAGCAUAAAUAAAUGAAUAUUAAAGUUGACACUUAUAAAAGCUCUUGGAAAGUUGGAAUCUUUGGAACUCUAAAUCCUUAAAAUUCUGUUGAGAUCUUUUCCAUUUUGGCUGCAAAUGUGUUCUGAGGAGAUCCAAAUUUACUGACCAAUUUAGCCCCAACCUACUCAAAAGUCACAAUACCUGAGAUAGUUUCUAGCCAGAUUUACCUGUAAUUAAAUGGUUAUGUUCAAACAAUGUUUUUUUUGGUGCCUUUAAGGCUGUUGCACAAGCACAAAGACACGGUGGCCAGGUGGAAACAUCACAAAAAUGUAAGUUGAACAAUUGAAAAGUUUUGCUUUUGGAUAAAAAUGGCAACUUCAUUUCUUGAAUCAACCCGGAAUUACUCUACUCUUUAUCCUCAUGAAUUUCAUUUAGAAUUGCUCAUUUUAGCUUUCAAAGAAUAUUAAAAAGUAGAAUGUGACACCAUGUUGUUACAGAAGCUGAACCAUGGUCUGACAGUAAACUUGUGCAACUCUGGGUCAAGAGGUCUGGGGUCAAGAGGUCUGGGGUCAAUAGUUAACUCAACCCCCAGAUUUCAUUGUUAAUUCUCCUUAGUGUAUGCUAUAUAAUUCUUUUGAUGUUAGUUUGGAGAUUUUGAUAUUGGAUCAACUAAUAAUCCCCUAAUUGAGAUUUUUCUUUAUUCUCAAUACUUGUCUGCUUGAUAUUGUAUUGAUAUUAUAGGGAGAAAUUCUGUUUCUGUCACUCCUGGGAGCUAAGGGUUAACUCUCUUGAAUACUGGCAAUCUGUCAGGCAAGCCUUACUGGAUACUGGGGGAAAAGCUUUAAUGGACUAAUGCUGUAUCUGGGGGGGAAGCAAUAUUCCAAGGAGACCAGGAUGAGUUUGGGAACCAUAUGCACCACUUUUAAUUGUGAUAUUAUAGAACAAUGCUCAGUCACCAAAGAAUGGGAUAGUUUUGGGUAGUCACAGACAAUGUUAGUGCACUUUUUUUCAAUGGAACAGCUCAGAGCAGCUCUCCUCUGAAGUUUCCAUGAAAUUAUAUUUAAUUCUAAUCUUUAAUAGCUUACAUAAUUUGCUUUCAAACAGUUGGUGCUGCUUCAAACAAGCAGCAUUCAGCAAACAAGGAUUCUGCUAAACUGGACCGAGAGACAGAGGAGCUACAUCGUAAGUUCUUCUUUGGAAAUCACAUGUACUAGGUAGUCUGGCAAAUAGAGUUACAUCAAGUAUCAGGGUUCAUUUUUUAAAAAUGAAAUAAUUUUGUUACAAUAAAGCUCUGCAAGUUUAGCAAGGGUAAGUGAGCCAAACCCUGGAUCUUGGAGUUGGCAUAUAAGCUUUGGUGUGGUGUGUCUGUGUUAUACAGUCCUCACUACCCUUGUCUGAGAGUAGCAUCAGCCAAUAGCAGUCAGGGAAUUCUACAGCGCACAAUUACGAUAAUUUUUGUAUUGCAUCCAGGGUAAGUAGCAACACUUGAUGUUUCAGAAAACUCUGGUGAUGCAAAAACACUCUACAGUUUUCUCUUCUUCCCUGCAUAGACAUUUAGAUCCCUCCAACAGCCUGUUGCUGUUGAUGGUACCAGUACCUGCAUUUGAGAAUCCCUUUAUAUACCUCUGUGUCUGUUUGUGGAAGUUCAAGGGAAUUGCAGAUGAUGAGAUGCACAUUUGCAGUCAUUCCACCACCCUAACUACGACAACAGUUUUGGUUUCCUCAGCUUUUGACAUGCCAGCAACAAAAUCGUUUUGCAGUUAUUGUGUGUUUGAGAUUGACAUGAGAGUCUGAUACCCAGAUUGUCUUGCAGAUGAGAAAGUUUCCCUUGAUGUGGGAAAGCUCAUUCAACAGUCAAGAAUGGGGAAGAAAUUAACACAGAAGGACUUAGCAACAGUAAGAGCUUUAUGGAAACUGUAAACAAUGUUCUACUGUUUUAUGUUCUCCCUUAAAAAUUUUUUUUUUCUGUAAUAGAAAAUCAAUGAGAAGCCUCAAGUCAUUAUGGACUAUGAGUCUGGUAAAGCAAUUCCUAAUAAUCAAGUGAUGGGUAAAAUUGAACGAGCAUUGGGUGAGUGUUUCAUAUUUAACCUUCAUGAGUGUACUUUGUUAAAAAAAAAUUGUUACUGUGCUAUUUAAGCAUUACCACCAUAAACUAUAAAUCAAUGGAAAAGUUAUGAAAGGAAUUAUCCAGCAAAAGUUUUUUUGUUGUAACUUGAUCUAAUUGUAAACUGACUUAGGCACAAAACAGACGAUGACUCUGGGCAAUUUAAUCAAGUAUCAAAUCUAACCCCACAAAUUAAACUUCUGCACAAUUUCAUUUUGAAGCGGUUGGUAUUCAAAGCCAUGUAGGGCUUUUUUAACAUUCCUCUUGUUUACCUGCAAUCUUUCUGUCAAGUUAAGUUAUCAAAAUUUUACUGAUAUGCAUUACAUCAGAGACCAUUGCAGGAGAUCAAUUUUGAAAAACAGAAAAGCCCUAUAUGGGUUUUUUGAUAGGUAUCUUGUGAGCUUCAACACCAAAUUUCAAGUCAAUCCGUAAAGGUUUCAUACCCUAUUAAUAUGCUGAAGAAGACACACUUGUGUAGAAACGAAGAGGGUUUUUUUUGUUUCCAAAGUUUUGCCACCAUUUCAUGCUCUUGAGUGACCACAUGUCAAGUUUUGUCAACUCUCUGAAAAACUGGAAAUGCCUAUUAGAAACACAGAAGCAGAGUCCUAGGAGACUCUUGGAAAAAUAUGUUUUGUGGGAGACUCUCCUGCCGUUGUGCACAACUGAGCUUUGGUCAAUUCAGAAUGUUGGUAAGAAGAAGAAAUUCAAGGCAUAGGAAAGUUUCGGUGGCACCAUCAAGGUCAACUCCUACUAACCCCAAGGAGGCAGAACUUGUCAAUGGUUGCUGAAGGGUGAGCUGCGCCUCGUGUGCCACUUUUUUGUUCUUACCACAUUUUGACGUCAUCUGUGAUCUAUUACUGAACAGACGCACAGCAACUUGGAAUCUAUUUGUUAAACAGACGACAUCAAAAUGUGUUAGUUAUAAAAAGAGUGGCACAGGAGGCACAGCUAAAUGUGUCACUGAUGUUCUUACCACAUUUUGAAGUAUUCGUUUUUCAUAUGAUGAAAGAGCAAAAUGUUGUUAAUGAUGAUGUUAUAUAUGCAUCUAUCCUUCAAUAGAUCAUUAGUAAGAAUCAAUCAAAUUGUGUAUGUAAUUCAGCUUAUCAUAUAAUUACUUACUGUGACUUGUGUGACUUGCAGUUCUAUGCACAUACAUGCUACGUCUGUGGACAUAUAAGUAAAUGUACUAAUGUCUACCAUCAUCUGAAAAUUUAGGAUGUCAAAAGUAAAACUAGACAACUUGCUUAUAACAGCUAAGUUGAUAAUGUAAAUUGGCCUUAGUAAUGAGGUUCUAAGCUGACAUUAGUCCUUUGUCAGAGCACUCUCAUAAAGGACUAAUGUUCAAAAUUUCCAUUUAAGAAACUCUCUUAGGUGGCUAAUUUAAAUUAUCAACUCAGUUUAUAAAACCAAAUUAUUUUGUAAUACUAAUACCCACCACUGAGGCAGCACAAAAGUUUCUUUAGAAAUUAACCUCCUUUAUUAAAAGUAAAACUAUUUUGAUAAAUUUAAGUCAAGGAAAAAACUGCACCACAGCAAAGUCUUUCAAGGUGACUGCAUAGUGAACAAGUCUGUAUCACUUGCAAGUUGUUUGAACUUAAGAAUCAGGAGUAAAUGAAGAGUUGAUAAGGUUCAGUGUCAUCCAGUGCUGAGUUUCUUUUUUUUUCCUUUUUCUCAGGUGUCAAGCUUCGUGGCAAAGAUAAAGGAAUGCCGUUAGUUUCUGGUGGCAAGGGGAAGAAAUGA